AUGUUUGGAAAAUAAAUUCUACUCCGUUUGAAUGGAGUAGAUAAGCAUAAAACCACUUGUGGAGGAAUUGCUACAAUUUUGAUAUUUAUUACCAUGUUUAUUUAGAUAAUAAAUAUAUUUCAGACUUUAGUAUUAAGGCUAAAUCCAGAAAUUGUUUAUAAUUAGGAAUAUGUAGAUGGCGUGGAGCUAUUUAGUCUUGAUUCAGAUGUCUUUGAGUUUGCAAUUGGUAUGGAAGAUGCAAAAUUUUAACAUUUUAUAGAUGAAGGAGUUUAUUAUUUAUAAGCUCAAUAAAUUAUUUCAAUCAGAAACAACUAAACAAACCAAGUAGAGUAUCACUAUUAAAAUGUAACCUUAGACAGAUGUACAAAAGAUAAUUUUUAAAACCCUUAAACAUAAGAUUAUUUUUAUAGAUAGCCUUAUACAAAUCUAUACUGUAUUUCAAGAAAUCAAACUGGUCUUUAAAUUGGAGGGGAUUUUGACCUUUACUAUUUUGCUUAUAUUUAAAUUAAUAUAUAUAGAUGCUCUGGAAACAAGUGCAAGAAUAUUAGUGAUCCUGAUACCUACUAGUAGUAUUUUAAAUAACCCUAAUUUGCUAUGUAUUUUACAGAUGCUUUAGUUGAUCCUACCAGCUAUCAGCCUAUUAAACCUAUAGGAAGAGACUUAUUUUUUACUAGUAGUUAAACUUUACAAUAGUAAAUUACUGUCUUUAUGAUAAAAAACGAAGUGAGGAGUCAAGAAGGAAUCAUUUUAUCAAAUGAGAUAGUACAUAAUGGAAUGAGCUUUUCUUAAUACUAAUAACAGAGCGUUAUAACAGAUAGAGAUGAUAACUUAAUGUAUUAAAUUUCUUUGAGGUUAGAAAAAAAGAAAUAAAACAAGUGGCAAAGAAAAUACUUAACUUUAAGUUAAGGUAUUAGCUAAAUUGGAGGAAUUUACCAGGCUUUAGUUGCUUUAGGAUGUUUAUUACUAUUUCCAAUAAGCUAAUUUGAAUUAAACAGGAAGUUAAUGAAUCAAAUAUUUUCUUUUGAAAAUUCUUGUUAAGAGAAAAACAAUAAGAACGCAAAACCAAUAAGUUAAAAAAUAGAAUCAGUUAUUGUUAACAAAGGGGAAAUAGAUAUUUCAAAAAAUAUAGCUAAGGAAGCGCGGUCGUAAGUAUUCAAUAAUUAAGCUUUUAAAGAUUUAAAUGGAACUAUUUAAUUAUUUUCACAAAAUUCCAUUAAAAACUAAAAUGGGAAUAAGCAUCAUAAAUCAUAUGGAAAUCUUGAUUUAAUGAACUUAAAAUCUCCAAAGAAAAAAACGAUUUUAAUUUAAGAAUUUCUAAAUUAAGCUUAAAAAGAAAUCGAUGAAGGAGUUAAAUUAAAAGAUUAAAAGCUAAAUGUUUUGAGAAUAGACACAGAUUAAAACAAUAAAUAACUAAAUCUUUUAGAAAAAGAAUAUAAUCUUAACUCAUAAUACUAACAGCAAUAACUAACUCAACAGUAAUAAUAAGUUAAUACAAGUACAAACAAUAUAUAGUCUCCCUGCAGUAAACUUAUCAAAUUGAAAUCAAUCAAUAACCUUUAAAUAGAAAAACCAUCUUUUUAACAAAGGUCUAAAAGCCCGAAAUAAAUUCUGCAUCGUUCAAAGUAGAAAAAGAGCUAAACCUAUUUUUUAAAUAACUAACCUCCCACAUCAUCUUUAUUUGCUAUUUAAAAAUCAAAUCUUCAUUUCAAUUAAGUAGUUUCUCCUAAUAAAACAAAGUAACAAAUAGCUUCCAUAAUGAUUGAUUAAACUAAUAGAUCAAAUUCCAAAUCAAAUGCAAAUAAUACAUAAAAUCGAGUCCAGAGUCCUCUAAGUAAAAAAGAAAUAAAAUAACAAAAGAAGCAAGAAAAAUAGCUUAAAACAAUAUUAAAAGAUAUAAAUAAAUAAUUCUAAAAUUUUUUUAAAGUCACUGCAAAUAGAAUAAAAAUAAAAUUUACUGAGUAUCUCAGAUACUUCAUUUGUACCCCAAAAACACUCUAAAUUAAAAAAAAGCAAAUGGAUUAUGGAGCAAAGAAGCUGUAUCAUCACUUAGAUAUUGUUUAUAUAUUAAAGAAGUUGACAGAAAUAGAUAAGUUAAAGAUGCUGCUUUUAGACGAAUAAUAGAUAAAUUUGUUUGAAUACUUACCUCGUCCUAAAAUUUACAUUGAGAAAAACUAAAUUUAAGAAAAUUAAGAGAAUCUUUAAAAAUUUAAUUUCCUUUACGAGGAUAAUAGAACUGAAAUAGAAAGAGCAAAAGAUGCAUACGAAUCUUUUUUGGAAUUAACAAAGCAAAACUAUGAUUAAACAUAAUAAGAUAAAAAAUUGUUAAAUAUGAUUGAUCCUCACUUACUUGAGCUAUUUUAACAGCAAAUUAUAGAAGAAAGUGAAAAAAUCAUUAAUUAACCAGAUUAGAAAGAAGAUUCUGUUUAGAAGUUUUCAUAAAAAAUAAGUUAAAACUCUCCUAAUAAUGAGCAUAAUGAUUUCUAAGCUAAUUCUAUAAAACCAAUGAUAGAUAAAUUAAUAGUGAGCCAAAACUAUUAAUUUGAUACACAUUCUACUGUUUAAGCUGCCUAAAAUAAUUUUAAAGAUGAAACUGUGGAAGAAAGUUCAUGCAAUUAAUCAUCUAAUGCGAAUGAUAGUUUAAAAGAAAAUCUAUAAUAAAUAGAAUUAAAAAUGUAAUAAUUUAAACAAAAAAAAUUUACAAUGAGAAAUUCUUAUAUUGACAUUUGA